CAGCGUAUCUACCGUCACCAUCGUGUUGACUCGACACUUGCUAGUCAGUGAUAUGGCAUACAGAUAAAGUCCCAAGCGAUAAGUUAAUAUCGGUGGUUUGCUGAAGCCUUACGACCAUGGCUGAUAAAAUGUGCUGAUUGCCGAUACCUUUCUAUGGUGGUGGGGUUGUGGCAGCCGGACAAAUUCGAGAAUGAAUCAUCAUGACUUGAGGCAAUCUGUGAGCUUCAGUGGCCGAGUGCGGUUCGUCGUCUCUGUAGUUUUGUGACAAAUAGCGGGCGCUUGUGCACCUUAUUCGCGACAUCUAUCAUGAGUGAACUAGAAGCCCGGAUAGAUUUUUCAAAAUUGAAACCAUUUCCCGAAACGGAUGUGCAAAAUAACAACAAUAAAAUUAUUACCAAAGCGUUCUUAGACUCAGCCUAUCAAGUGGUUGAAAGUAUAGAAUCGUUCGGGCGACUAUUCACUCCCAUAGUGAAAGAUAUGAGAGGCAACGUGAAGAGGCUGGAAGCGAAGUACAAAGAAAACGAACAAGCAUUUUGCUAUCUGGAAGAUUUGAUUCUGUUGGACAAGGAUGGGAAUGAAAAUGCGUUCGAUUCGGUUACGGAGGGACUGCUGUGGCUUAAGCGUGCCCUAGAGAUGAUCGAAAUGUUCUUCCGGAACAUGCUCGAAGACGAGAGCGGCAGUGAUAACGUGAAACACCAUCUCAGGAAGGCAUACGAGGACGCACUGUUGCCGUAUCAUGGAUUUUUGGCGCAAAAGGGAUUUCAGUUUUUACACCAUUACGUGCCCACUAGAACCACACUACUAGGUCCAUCAGAGAGUAAUCAGAGCAACGUUGUCGCAUUGCAAUCUUUUUUAGUGACAUUUCGUUCAAACUUAGAUCACUUGAACGUUUUCUUCGAAGCUAACAAUCUGAAUAAAACUUACAAAGCCUAACUACAGAGCGAUUAUGUUGUUCAAAAAAUAAUUAAAUUUUAUUGUCACCUAAUCACUUAUAAUUGAAAUGCUGCCACCCAUGGAUUGCCUUGACCGAUGAUGGUCCAUAUCAUAUGAGGAUUUCUCCGCUUGAAAUUGUUCACGUCGGAAACGGGAAGCUCUACGAAUGGCAGUAAAACUCGUGAUUAUUUGUAGGAUUAAAAGUACGCACUGAACUGCCUGCAAAACUAUACUGGUUUUGUAUUUCAAUAUCUGCUCACUAGUCACUAAAUAUGUCUGUAAUGGAAUCUGUAUGAAAACCGACAAUAUCCAAAAACCUGCGAAAUCUGGAAUCUGUGAAAAAAUAGGACAAAAUAAGUAAUAUUUUGUGAGUAAAAGACUAGCAUACCUUGUCCAGAAGAUUUCCAGAGUACCCUAGAUACAAUCGAAGACAUUCUAUUGGUGCAGCAAUAACUAAAGAUAAUACCGACAAAACACGGUGAAUAGUUGAUAAGUUACCGUACUAAAAUUACACAUUUUAUGCCAGUA